AUUUAAAGCACGUGCAUGUAUUCACGCAUUCUAUAUAUUCUACAUUUCUUGAGAAGUUUCAGUAGCUUGAGUUUGAAGAAGAAAAGAUGUCUAUAGUUGUGAGAAUUCUGUCGUUGGGAUGGGCUAUGAUGAUGAUUAUGAGUAUCACAAAUGUAGCAGAUGGAGCAAUUCCUAAUGAUUUGCAGGAAAAGAUCUCUAAAAUAAACAAAGACGGUCCUUACUUGGGUAUUGUAGUGCCCAACAGUUUUGAGAUGAACCCUCUUCUCCAGUCUUCAAAUUUUCUUCCUCAUGACACGAUUCCCCACUUGGAUCAUGCAGGAAGAAGGUUUCGAAUUGGAACGCUGGAAAAUCGAAAAGUUGUCGUUGUCAUGUCCGGAGUCAGCAUGCUUAAUUCAGGAGUAGCAACACAGCUGCUGCUAAGUAUGUUCAGGAUCCAAGGAGUACUUCACUUUGGAUUAGCGGGAAGUGCAAAUCAUGAAAGUCAAAUAGGAGAUGUUACAAUCCCAAACUAUUGGGCUCAUACUGGCCUCUGGAAUUGGCAGAGGUUUGGAGAUGGACGUGAUGAUGAACUUGCAUUUGAAUCCGAUGGAGACUACACAAGAAAAUACGGUUAUCUUAGGUUCGCCGAUUAUGAAGUUGGCGAAGUAAGUGUGAAUUCUUCAGACAACCUUCUCAACAGAGUGUGGUAUCAACCGGAAGAGAUAUUUCACGCUGAUGGAAAAUCUGAGAUUAGACAGCAUGCCUUUUGGGUUCCUAUUGCGGAACGCUACUUUUCACUUGCAAAGAAUCUUGAGGAUAUUGUCCUCGAAAGGUGCAAUUCUAUUGUGUGUUUAUUUGGAACCAAACACAUUAACAUUCACGCCUCUUUGCACUCUAACUAAGGUAGUUAGAGUGCGAAGAGGCGUGAAUGUUAAUGUGUUUGUAGACAAUGCUGCCUAU